AUGGUUCAUCUGGAUAGUAUUAAGGAGGAUGCUAGUUUAGCUUUAUUUAUGUUGCACCAUUUGGACUUCUUGGAGGAUGGGGAUAGAGUUCUUGAGGAUUUGUUUGCAAAUACGACUGGACCUAAUGAGGCCAUUCAGUAUGUGGCCUUCUUAAAAGAGAUUGGUAAUUCUCUUUUUAAAGUGUCUAAUUUUUGCAAAGCUUAUGAGACAUAUAGGAAUGCUAUGAAGUGCCUCUGUGUUACCAUUUCUGCUAUGUAUGAAGAGUGCUAUGUUCAUACUAUUGAUCUUGAAAUUCGAGAGUUAGUUGUUUCUCUGCAAUUGAACAUUGCAGCAUGUGAAAUCAAACUUAGUCUGUUUAAGGAAGCUAUUGGUUCAUGUACCUUGGUGCUAGGGGUUGACAAGAGCAAUGUGAAAGCUCUUUUUAGGCGCGGUGUGGCUCUAACAAAAAUUGGUAGUAUGGAGGAUGGGUACGCUGACUUCAGGAUAGCUAGAGGAGUUGAGCCAAAAAAUAAGGCGAUUGCUCAAGAGAUUGCGAGUCUCGAGGCUGUCCUUUUUCCGGAAGAGGUCAAGAGCAAGUUCUCUUCAGUAAACAGAAAUGUUGAUGACAUUAUGACCAAUCAAGAUACGAAGUGGGUGGAAGAGGCUCCUUCAGAUAACUCACAGUGUGCGGAGCCUCGUAGACCGUAG